AUGGAUUACUUUAGUGUCAAGCAGAACUACUAUACGGGGAACUUCGUGCAAUGUUUGCAGGAAAUAGAGAAGUUUAACAAGGUCACAGAUAACACGUUAUUGUUUUACAAGGCUAAGACUCUUUUAGCGUUAAGUCAAUACCAACCACAAGAUCCCACUUCUAAGCUUGGAAAAGCGCUGGACUUGUACGUCCAGUUCUUAGAUACAAAAGAUAUCACUGAAUUAGAGGGUUUGUUAAAGGAUAAACAAAGUUCGCCAUAUGAGUUACACCUUUUGGCCAGUGCUCAAGCUAUCUUGGGUGACUUGGAUGCAAGUUUGGAGACAUGUGUGGAAGGUAUCGACAAUGAUGAGGUGGAAGGAACUACUGAAUUAUUGCUACUUGCCAUCGAGGUUGCUUUGUUGAACAACCAGGUCUCUACUGCUUCCACUAUCUUUGACAACUACACUAAUGCUGUUGAAGAUGGCAUUGCUGGUGACAACGAAAUGAUUUUGAACCUUGCUGAAUCGUAUAUUAAAUUUGCCACUAACAAGGAAACAGCGACAUCCAAUUUUUACUACUAUGAGGAGCUCUCCCAAACCUUUCCUACUUGGAAAACCCAGUUAGGGUUGCUAAAUUUGCACUUGCAACAAAGAAACAUAGCUGAGGCUCAGGGUAUUGUCGAUUUAUUGCUUUCUGACUACUAUAGCGUUGAACAAAAAGAAAAUGCUGCAUUGUACAAACCUGCUUUCUUGGCAAACCAAAUCACGCUUGCUCUUAUGCAAGGCCUUGAUACUGAAGACCUGACAAACCAAUUGGUAGAUCUAGAUCAUGAGCAUGCAUUCAUCAAACAUCACCAAGAAAUCGACGCAAAAUUUGAUGAAUUAGUGGAAAAAUAUGAUCUUUCGAAGUAA